GAAGGGGGAUCACCAAAAAAGAAAAUCAAAAAGAACAAGAAGGAAUGGGAAGAAGACAGCGAUGAGAGUGACGACGAUGACGGAGAGCAGGAAUACGAGAUUGAUGAUAUCGAUGAUUUUGAUAGUUUUAUCGCGGACAGUGGCCCCGAAGUGAAGAAGACAACGGCUGAAGAUAGGAGACAACGGAAAGGGAAUGAAGCAGACUCGUUGAAUAGUUCAUUAGACGAACUGGAAUCAGCAGAUCAACCAGGACCGUCGACGAAACGCAAACCGACGGCAUUUAUCGAGUCGGAUGAUGACGAGGACGAAGGGAAAGACAGCCAGACUGGUGAUGAGGAUGGUGUGAAAGAUACGAAAAAGAAAAUGGAUAAUACGAAAAAGAAACCGUCAGCAGCAAAACCAAAAGAGAAGAAACAACCAGCAAAGAAGGCCAAACCAGCAAAACGUCGACUGCCAUCAGAAAGUGACGCGAGUGAUUUCGGAAAAGAUGACUCGCCUAAGGAGAAGGGUAACGAAUCUGACGAGGGCACUGCCCAGUCCCGUCGUGGAGGUGUUCGUGAGCGAAAACAGGUAAAAUACGCAUUCGACGAAAGCGAUGAGGAUAGCUAUCCGGAGGACUUAGCUUGA